UCUCUCUGCCUCUCUAAAGUAUCCAAAAUAAAAAAGACAAGUUAUCUACUAAUCUACUAAUAAUCUAAAUAAAAGAUAAGUCGCAUGAAAAAUGUCGGAAUUUCAGUGGCUGACAGCCUGACACUGAGUUUCAUAGCUUGAAUCCAAGUUGGGAAGUAAACAAUGGCUUCAGCUUCAGCUUCGCUUCGAUUCUGGUCUUCUAUAGCACCUAUAUCCCACUAUUACACCCAUCAGUUGGCUUCCCUGACCUCACUCAAAUUCGGUACUCCAAUUUCUUCUACCAAUACCAUUUAUCUUUCCAAGCCUCUCGCUGUGCGUUUCGCGCUAACAGAGUCCGACUCCCCCAAAUCCAUAGAACCUGACCCUCAAACUCUUCUCCAACAAAUUGCUGACAGUUUUGAUCUUCCUCCUGAUUACUUUUCACAGCUCCCCCGCGAUCUUCGAUUAGACCUAAACGACGCCGCGUUCGACCUUUCAAGUGGACCUGUUUUAGAUGAGUGUGGCCAAGAGUUGGGAGAGACAUUGCUGAACCUCUCUCGAGCUUGGGAACUUGCUGACACAUCAACCUCCCACUCUUUAGUGAAAAAGCUUCCUUUGAUUGAGGCCAAGUUGACAGGUUCUUCCAAAUCAGCACUUGGAAAGCGUUUGAUAUCUGCUGGUCGAAGGUUUCAAUCAAUGGGACAGUAUGGCCAAGGUGAGCCACAACAGAUUUCAAAAGCAAUGAUAGCAGCUGGGAGAGCUCUAUCUGCUACUUCAACUUCUGCAGUAACAGUUGAACAACCGAAAGAUGAAACUAGGAUGCUGAAAUUUGGAGAAUUGCAGGUUGAAAUAACACCAGAUAAGGCCAAUAUUGGUGCUGCAAUUGGAAUUGUUUUUGGGAUUCUUUCUUGGGAAAUAGCUCAGGGAAUUCAAAACGCUCCUGACAGUUCUUUGCAGUAUGCAAAUGACAAUGCCCUGCUGCUUGCUAAGUCUUUAAAAGGAGCAUUGCUUUCUCUUUUUUACUUCUCAACGUUCUUGUCUGCAUUUACCUCAGUGGGACUUGUACUACUUGGGAUACAUUGGAUAGUCAUGGCUUCUCUCUCUUGCUCCCCCAACGACCUCGCGCCACUCAUCAACCAAAGUACCGCCGCCGCCACCUACCUCUGCGCCCAGUUCGACGCCAUUUCCAAGAAGCUCGUGGAAACCACCUACGCCGUCGACAACACCUACCUUCUCUUCUCAGCAUACUUGGUCUUCGCCAUGCAGCUAGGUUUCGCCAUGCUCUGCGCCGGUUCCGUCCGAGCCAAGAACACCAUGAACAUCAUGCUCACCAACGUCCUCGACGCGGCCGCCGGCGGCCUCUCCUACUACCUCUUCGGCUUCGCAUUCGCCUUCGGCACCGGCACCGGCACCCCCUCCAGCGGCUUCAUCGGGAAACACUCCUUCGCCCUACGAGACUACCCCUCCCCCUCCGCCGACUACAGCUUCUUCCUCUACCAUUGGGCCUUCGCCAUCGCCGCCGCCGGCAUCGCCAGCGGCUCCAUCGCCGAACGCACCCAAUUCGUCGCCUAUCUCAUCUACUCCUCCUUCUUAACCGGCUUUGUCUACCCCGUCGUCUCUCAUUGGUUCUGGUCCUCCGACGGUUGGGCCAGCCCGACGCUAAGCCAUGGAACCGUCUUAUUCAGGUCCGGAGUCAUCGACUUCGCGGGCUCGGGAGUGGUCCAUAUGGUUGGCGGCAUAGCGGGCCUGUGGGGGGCUUUUAUCGAAGGCCCAAGAGUCGGCCGGUUCGACCGAACCGGCCGCUCCGUUGCGCUACGAGGCCACAGCGCUUCCCUCGUUGUGCUUGGUUCGUUUCUGUUAUGGUUCGGCUGGUACGGGUUUAACCCCGGUUCGUUUAUAACUAUAGCCAAGGGGUAUGGCGGGGGGUAUUACGGUCAAUGGAGCGCGAUAGGGAGGACAGCUGUAACGACGACAUUGGCUGGGAGCACUGCGGCUCUGACUACUCUUUUCAGCAAGCGCUUAUUAGUGGGCCAUUGGAACGUCAUUGACGUCUGUAACGGCCUCCUUGGGGGGUUCGCCGCCAUCACCUCCGGCUGCGCCGUUGUGGAACCCUGGGCCGCGAUUGUCUGUGGCUUUGUGGCCGCUUGGGUUUUGAUUGGCCUUAAUAAGGUUGCCGCCAAGGUGGAGUACGAUGACCCCUUGGAGGCGGCGCAGCUUCACGGCGGCUGCGGCGCGUGGGGGGUCUUGUUCACGGGGCUGUUUGCGAAGGGGGAGUACGUGGAGGAGAUUUACGGCGUUGGGCGGCCGUGCGGGGCGUUGAUGGGCGGAGGAUGGCGGCUGCUGGCGGCGCAGGUGGUUCAGAUAUUGGUGGUGUGUGGUUGGGUUACGGCCACCAUGGCGCCGUUGUUCUACGGGCUUCAUAAGAUGAAUUUGUUGAGGAUUUCGAGGGAGGAUGAGACUGCGGGGAUGGAUUUAACUCGGCAUGGUGGGUUUGCUUAUGCGUAUCAUGAUGAUGAGGAUGGUUCCAGCGCCGGAGUGGGACUCAUGAUGCGGAAAAUAGAGCCCGCUAGUUCAUCUCCCUCUCCCACCGCUCAACCACAAGUGUGACUGUGUGUGUGUGACUCACACCAGAUGCAUAUGCAGUAAAAAAUGAUAAAUAAAAACGUCUUCUAAGACAAAGAUAUCGAUGGAAGGCGUAGGUGUGUAAAUUUUUAAUGUUUGUUCCUUUGGUUUGAUUUAGUGUUGUAGUUUGGUCCACUGUAUCACGUUAGUUUUUUUUUUCCUGCUAAAGAUAACUAGUUCGUAAUAUGUAGUCAUAAAUACUAAAUUCAUUAUAAUGCUGGUUAUGAUUUAACUAGUUUUGUGAUAUAAUUAAUGAAAAUAUUAUAUAUGCAGUAUUUGAACA